AUGGCUGGUCACAUGGCGAUGACAUCAUCAGAGGUCCUCAUCUGCCUAGGAAAUAGCAUCUACCCUAAUGAUGCAGAUGCGUUCCACGUCUCACACUAUUGGUUCCGUUGCGUUCCACGCCUCCAUAAAGUUUCCAAUCUGCCUGUCAGCUUUUGUAUAUUACUUCCUUUGCGUUCCACGUUGCUUUUCCGGUUGCGUUCCAAAUCUGUAUAUUCCGCGGUGAUCGAGCGUCCGGUGAGGGGAAAUGGAGGUAAUUUGGCUGUGCCCGGUGCCCAUCUGCUGCCUCAGAUCUGCCCUCAUCUUGGUGAUUCAGCCAUUCCAGGCUGUCCCCCUGUAACUCUGAGUGAACUCCAAAUCCUCAUCUCAAACCGGGAUAAGUCUCCUCCAGCCAAGAUGGACCCCCUUACCUGCCCCCUCUGUCCCAAUGACUUCAAGAUGCCGAGUGAGCUAAAGGAACAUUUCAGAAGCCACCCGCCUCCCCCACAGGAGCUCCGGUGCUGGCAG